UGUCCAUUUAUCGUCCUUUGUUGCUCCACCCGUCCACUACACCCGGAGCGCCGAUCAGCAGGAACAGUUGACAGAGGUGGAUACCGGGAGGCGAGUGACCGGCGACGGGCCGGCUGGCACGAACGCGGACGGAUUCUACUUAGAUUCGGGAAGAUAUGAUUCCAUUGUGAAGAUGCAGGCGGCAGGAAUUCGGAGCUUCGGAUCGAGGAGCUGAAUGGCACAUGUGUCCAGACGCCAGACGCCGUAGAAAUUCGAGGCUACGUGGGGAGACAGCGAAUGAAUCGCGUGGCGAAUCGGGGGCUCUCAGGUGAAUCUAUCGAGAAUUCGAAUUCCUCGCUUUCGCAGGCCGAGUCGGCGGAAGGCCGGAGAGGCCGAUCCGGGACGCGUCGGCCGAAGACGAAGAAAGCGCACGGACUCACAUGAAUGCUCGUCGUCGUUGUGUCGAAGGAUGGGCGGAGCAUUUCGGGUCGGUGGGCGCCGAAGCCAAGCGCGUCGGAAGUCGUCGUUGAGUUAGGUUCUUGGAAAGGGACAUCAGGGCCCCGUCAAGCCCGGAGCCAAGGGAAAGUAAGCGAUGAUCGAAGACGAGGGACGUGAAUUGCGCAUGGCGACCAUACGGAGCAGGUUGGCGUGGAAUGGGGUAGAGUAGAGCGCUCGUUUCUGCUCAGCAGUCACCGGGAUCUGUGGUGGAUCAGAAGUCACUGGUGCGGGCAGCGAGUGAACGGCAUAUAUUCAUGCUAGGAUUACCACGUGAGCGGAUACGUACAUGCAGAGUCAGUGAGUCCGCUGGCCGCCUGUUUGGCGAGUAAUCGGUUCGAAGGAUGGCGUACAUGACCUUCUCGGACGUACGGGAGGCAGAUAAUUGGCAUUACAGAGGUGAAGGUGCGGCGAAUUUGGUCCUCGCAUAUCAUGGUUGUGAUCCAGCUCUGAUCGGGAAAGUUCUCCGGUUGCGAAAAUUGGUCGGGAACGCGGAAAAGAUAAGUCAUGGAGCCAAGGAGACGCCCGUUCUUCUACCCGAAGAGCAAGUUUUGUGGGCCGAAUGGCCGCGCAUGGCAGCUGCCACCUCCACUGCGGAGCUGAAUCAUGCAUAUAUUGCGGAUGUUCUGCGUCCGUUGUUGGGUGACAAGCAUGUAGAUCCCGGGAGUCUCGUCGAUGUGUCGAGGUCGUUUGUUGAAGCACUGAACCGGAAUAUAGCUCACAGACGCCCCGCGUGGCGAGCCGAAACCGGCUCAUUAAUGGCGUCGAGCGGCAUUGGCCUUCUAAUUUCGGAUCAUUCCAGCUUCUCGAUUCCAAGAGAUAUCCUGAAGGAGUUGCCACCUACAAUCACAGUCGAAAUCAAACCGAAGUGUGGAUUUCUGCCGGUGUCUCCCAUGAUCAAAGAAGAAAACCUCAUCAAGACGACUGUGUGCCGUUUUACCAUGCACCAGACCCUCAAGUUGUUGCAGGGCAAGAUCAAACAUAUCAGCAAGUAUUCGCCACUGGAUCUAUUCUCAGGAAGCGAGAGUGGUAUUUAUGAAGCAAUUUGUGAUCUUUUUAUGACGCCUCAGAAUAACUUACGCAUAUUUAGUAAUGGGACGGAAGUGUUCGGUGAUUUCGAUGAAUUAUCCACUAGCCGGGAGGAUGCCAAAGUAAAGUUAGAGAAUGUCGUAAAGAAUUCUUUUCCCUCAGGGGCUGAAGAACCCGUAGUAGCCUUUCAGAAACUUAUAUCUCAUUUGCUCUUUCGAAGCAAAAUCUUAAAAAAACUGCUGGACGUACAGAAACUUGACUCUAUUGACAUCGAAGGUUCAAUCCAAGCCUAUGAGAAGUUUUUGAAACAUCUGAAAAGCUCAGCUCCUUUCGGAACUCAGGUAAGUCUACUUAAUGGAUCAGUCACUGAUCCAACAGGGUCACCACCUCAGCAAACUAAACCUCUGAAUGGGACUCGACAUGUGAAUGAGUUGAGGAAGUUCACAAAAGUGCCUCACACUUUCGAGGAAUGUCGCACAAUACUUCGCGACUUCCUUAUAUCAGCCACGGCCAAAGACUGUGGUAUUAUGGUCACUUUGCUCCCGGUUGGCCCAAUGAUGACACACGAUAUAUCUCUUCCUGGGUCAAACGUAGUAACAUUUUCCGGCAGACAAUACUUAUACAAGGUUCAUCUUUUGGAUUUGGACGUCAAGCAGCUGAAGAAGCUGCCUCAUUACUUUCAGCUUGACAAAGAAAUAGUAACGGCCUACAGGUCUUGCAGCUUCAUUGACUCCAGUUUUUUCUCCCCUCUACCUGGUUGCGUUGCAAGCCUUGAGAACUCGUAGAUUUACUCGACGGGUCAAAGUCCAAACUUCGAAAUCUGGUGUAGGAUUAAUCACUCCGUUAGUCUCGGUAAGAGAAGAGACGGAUUCUUCUCCAAGUGGUUGCAUAAAGAUCUGGCUCAGCGGAUGUAACUGCCGUUCCCCGUAUGGUCAUCGGCUGAUUUGAAUAUUCAAGUGCGGAUCAUCUUCUAGCGCUUCUUGAACGCUUGAGGUGUUUACCAUGUCGUUUGGAGGGACACAUUUUUCCCACAAGGCGGCUUUAUCAAAUGAUUGCUUAUGGCGAAGGCACCAACUUCAUCCGAAGUAAAGCAAGAACCCUUGUAUCGCUGAAUAUGAGAUUGUGGUUGCUCCAGUGACUGUAGAUUUGCUUGAUGGCG